AUAUGGCAUUGAUCGCAUAGUGGAUGAUAUGAUACAAGAGGCCAUGGCGAAGGGAGAAUUCGAUAAUCUCUCUAAUGCUGGGCAGCCUCUCAAGCAACAGAACUACAAUCCAUACGUUGAUACUGUAACACACAAGCUCAAUCAGGUUCUGAUUAACAAUGGAUAUGCUCCAGAAUGGGUGAUGCUGGAGAAAGAUAUCAGGGAAGAUCGAACGCGCCUUAAAAUGUUGUUGAGAAAAGAGCGUGAAAAGCUGGGGCCCCUGCCAAUAACUCCAGAGGAAGAGAUAAUGUGGACGGCAUCCCAGGAACGACUUCAAGAUCUUAUAAAAGAUAUGAAUAAGAAAAUUGAAAAAUAUAAUUUCAUAGUACCUUUGCUUGCUAAACAAAUGACACAUUUUCCACUACAUUUGGAGGCAACAAAGGCCCUUAAAGAAGGACUGUCUAAGGACCAGGUGCCACAAAAGGAAGAUAAAAAAGUUUCUCCUGAAAGAGGAAGAUUUUUAAAUGCAUUGAAGAUUUUUGGAAUAUUUAGAAGUUUAUAGUUUGGUGUUACAAGUAGGUACUUUCUGUAGUUACACGGUACUGUAUAAUGUUAUGAUUGUAAUACAUACUGUAACUAACUUGUGAAUAACAAAUAACACCUAACCAUCUACA